GUUUCUCGCGUCCUGAUCCCUGUUUCUGGUGUCUUUGUUGCAGUGUACCUGGCGCAUUCGACAAGAUGCCAAACCUGGAAACAGCCGAGGCUCAACUACGACUCGUGUGUGAACUGUGAAGACCUGCCAUUCCCUUUCUCAUCAGUCUCCAUCUUCAGCAUCGUGCCUCUUUGUUAUCCCCAUCCCCAUCAUUGACACCUGAUAGUGCAGGCUGGCCUUUGUUUUCCAUCUUUAAUUUCUAAGUUCGGGUGGUGCCUGUAGGUAACUAGCCUUGUUCAUCGCUUUUGGACUGAAAAUGGCUCCUUCGCCUCUACCUCUUUCCAUUACUUUGCCGGCUGUAGCCGCCGCAGCGGCAUAUCUCAACGCCAAAACGCUGUUCUCCUACGACCUCAACCUCCUGGCCUCCAUCAUCCCGACGAUUGCGAGGACGGCUUGGUGGAAGAACCGCGGGCGUCUCAAUUUUUUCUACCGCCUCGAGGACCUGGCGACGUCCAAGUCCACCGAAAACCGCGUCUUUCUGCGCUUUGAGGACAAAACCUACACAUAUGCCCAAGCCUACGAUACCAUCUUGCGGUAUGCCGACUGGCUGAAAAAGCGACGCGGUGUCCAUAAGGGCGAGAUGGUGGCUCUGGACUUCCAGAACACCGACACCUUUGUCUUUCUACUCUUUGCGCUCUGGGCCCUCGGCGCUGUGCCGGCCCUGAUCAACUACAACCUGACCGGCAAGCCUCUGGCGCAUUGCGUCAAGAAGGCGAAGGCCCGGUUGGUCUUGAUCGACCCCGUGGUCGCGGGGAACGUUGGGGAAGAUGUCCGGUCGGAGUUGAGUCAAGUGAGCUUCGAGGUUGUCACUCCAGAGACGGAGACCCAGAUGUUGUCGCAUGACGCGGCUCGCCCUCCAGAUGAGGAUCGGGCCAAUGUCACGCCGGACGGCAUGGGCAUUCUCAUUUACACGAGCGGGACAACCGGGUUGCCCAAGGCUGCGAUAGUGUCGUGGGCCAAGAUAGCCGUGGUCGGUGGGUUCACGUCUCGCUGGAUCGGGACAAAGAAGAACGACGUGUUUUACACGGCGAUGCCGCUAUACCACAGUACGGCCAUGCUACUUGGCUUCGCCCACGCGCUCUCCGUCGGCGCCACCUUUGCCAUGAGCCGCAAGUUUUCGACCAGCUCUUUCUGGGACGACGUCCGGAAACACAACGCCAACAUCAUCCAGUACGUCGGCGAGACCUGCCGCUACCUGCUGUCCGCACCCACCCGCAGCGACCCCGUCACGGGCGAGAGCCUCGACCGCAAGCAUAACGUGCGCGUAGCGUUUGGCAACGGCCUGCGCCCGGACGUGUGGAACCAGUUCAAGGAGCGUUUCGGCAUCAAGACUAUCGCCGAGUUCUACGGCGCGACAGAGGGCAGCUUCGCCACGUGGAACCUCAGCCGCAACGACUACAGCAUGGGCGCCAUCGGCCGCAGCGGCACGCUCAGCAACAUACUCAUCGGCCGGUCCAUCGCCGUCGUCGAGGUCGAGUACGACACGGAGCUGCCCCUCCGCGACCCUAAAACGGGCUUCUGCCGUCGCGUUCCGCACGGCGAGCCGGGCGAGCUGCUGUUCCGGUUGCCGCCCAAGGACGUCGAGUCACGGUUCCAGGGCUACUACGGCGACAAGGAGGCUACGUCCAAAAAGAUCAUGUUUGACGUUUUGGCCAAGGGCGACGCCUGGUUCCGCACGGGCGAUGUCGUCCGUUGGGACGCCGAAGGCAGGGUCUACUUCAACGACCGCAUCGGCGACACCUUCCGCUGGAAGAGCGAGAACGUGUCCACCGCCGAGGUUGCGCACGUUGUCGGCUUGCACCCGGCCGUGCUCGAGGCCAACGUGUACGGGGUCGAGGUACCAGGUCACGAGGGACGCGCAGGGUGCGCGGCCGUUGUGUUCAAACCCGAGGCGUUAUCAGCUAGCAGUGGUGGUGGUAAUGGUGGUGGUGCUGGGUUGCCGAGCGACGAGACGCUUCGCACGCUCGCGAGCCAUGUGCGCGCGGGUCUGCCCAAGUACGCGCUGCCGCUAUUUGUAAGGGUUGUCAACAGCGGGACGAUUCAGGCUACGGGCACGAAUAAGCAGCAGAAGAUGAGCCUUCGCAAAGAGGGCGUCGAGCCGGGCAAAACGGGCACCGACGACGUGUUUUGGCUGAGGGGGAAUUCGUAUGUUAGGUUCAGGGCCGAAGACUGGAAGGCGCUGCAGGGCGGGAAGGUCAGGCUGUGAUUAUGGAUGCCUUGCUUUUCUAUACCAUCAUGGGCUGUGUUCCUUUGGUGUCUCCUUCUUCUCUUCUUUAGUUUGUAGCUGCGAUGGUGUGUGAUACCUCAUGAGAUAUGUUAUCGGACAAGGAGUAUUGUUAUCCCAGAUUCGUCUCUACUCUACGAACGGUCC